AUGCUAACAGAUAAUGGCCGUAGCGGCAAUAGAAUAUCUGUGAUUCCCAUAGUUGGCAGGGGUGGGAUUGGAAAGACCACACUUGCUCAACUCAUUGACAACGAUGAAAGAGUGAAUGGAUACUUUGAUUUGAAAGCAUGGGUUUCUGUUUCUGAUGAUAUUAAUGUCUUCAAGAUAACCAAAACAAUAGCAGAAAGGAAUGAAGAUUACUUUUUAUGGGAAGAGCACAAGAAACCUUUUGAAUUUGCAGCAUAUGGAAGUAAAAUUAUUGUGACAACACGCUAUGACAGUGUUGCAUCGGUGAGGAGGAAUGAUAUCCCAUCUUAUCAGCUGCAGACAAUAUCUGAUGAGAAUUGCUGGAAUUUAUGUGUGAAGCAUGCCUUCAACAAUGUAGAUCCAUGUGCCCAUCCAAGAUUAGAAGAAAUUGGAAGACAAAUUGUCCAAAAAUGCAAAGGUCUUCCUUUGGCAGUAAAAUUAGUUAGUAGCAUUUUACGUUAUCAUCUAACUCUGGAGGAAUGGGAGAAUGUACUUAAAAGUGACAUAUGGGAGUUGCCCGAAGAAAAAAACAAUAUUCUUCCAGCUCUAUGGUUGAAUUAUCAAUAUUUGCCUUCACAUCUCAAAUGA